AUGACAUUAUGUCAUGUGUGCUUAUGUGAAUUAAGCAUGAUAUGCUUAUUAACCUUUUGUUUAUGUUUGUCCAAAGAUGUCAUACCAGAUGCAUAUGGCUGGACUGCAUUAGGAGCUUUUACUAUUAAAUGCACAACAGAGUUUUUCAUCGUGUGGUUACUAUGUUUCAAUUUAUUAUGCACGCCAGCUACUUCAGUGGCAGAUUCCGAAGCUGCACCACUACUAAAACCCUCACCCACUACAGUUACUACAAUCGAAAUUAUGGCAGAUGGGACGAAAAUAAUAAGAACGAAGGCUGUCAAAACGCUAAAAAAGAAGGGGGCUAUUCUAGAAACCUUUGGAUUGGCAUUGCAUAUAUGGCCUUAUCACAGUCUAAAGCUUCAACUUUUUGCCGCUUUGAGUGUUUUGCUGAUGGUGGCUAGUUUGGCAGUAAAUAUCUGGUUGCCAUAUAAAAUUGGUUUGAUUACAGAUGGAGACAUGAAAGAGGGUCAAUUUGCAUGGUUAUCUAUUGUUGUCUACGUUGGAUUGAUUUACCUUCAAGGACAUCUUGGAAUACUCCAAUCCUUACAAAGCUCAUUCUGGGCGCCUGUGAAUUCCUAUAUGAAUGAAAAAGCUCACUCAUUUAUUAGUAACUCACCAAAUAAUAUCUCUAACCAACGAUCAACUGUGUCAUCGGACAACGUAACGCAUAGGAUUGACCUGUUCAACAAGCUAAUAUUUCGCGCGUUUCCGAUGUUCAUGGAUGUUAUACUAGUCUCUUUAUUUUGCAUUUUUGUUUUUGCGCCGAUAUUUGGUAUCUUGCUUUUCGUUACAGUAGCAGUAUAUAUGGCUGUCACUAUUCUAUUAACAGAACAACAGUACGAUGUGGAUGCUCACAACCAUAGCGAACAAGAAAGAGAAAAUGCUCCUACUUCAGUCAAACUUCGAAUUGUACAGACAGCCAUCUUAACGGUGGGUUCCUUGGCCGGCUCUCUGUUAUUUGCAUACAAGGUAUCACUUGGUGGAUUUAGUAGUGGAAUGUUUGUAACAUAUAGCGCGUUUCUUGUGCAGCUCUGUCAACCACUGUAUCAUUUUGGAGGAUUGUAUAAAGUGAUUCAUAGAUUAGUUACUCAAGUCAAUCAAACAACUGAGCCAUCAGAAGUGAUAAAAGAGACAGUAAAGUACAUAAAGGCGGGUAGUUUCAAUAGAGAAAAUGAGCAAGUAUUAGAAGACAAUAUUGGUCAAAUGACAAGUAAAAAAGAAGACUAUGGCUCAAUUGUAGUUAGCUAUAAUGCUUCCACAGAUACGUCAAGUAGCAACACCAUCCCUGAUGCUGCAACACGAAAACGCAAAGACGACAAAAAGAAUUGCUUGGGCAAUGCAACUCUUGAAACAUACAAGAGUCCUUUCAAGCGCCUGACUAAGGUAAACCUUAAAGUUGGUCAAAGAGAAAAAAGGACACAGUACACGGUAGAUACUAUUGAAGUGGAUAACGAAGAACAAAAAGAACUCAAGAAGAGUAUGAAGGUUAUACUAAUCGAGGAAGAGACAUAUGUGAGACCAAUGAUGUUGGAAACAGUCGAGAUUGAAGAAAUAAAUAAUUAG